AGACGUUCACGCCUUUAUAAUAUUCCAAGUGUCACUUCCACAACCGCUUUUUUUGGAUAUUAAAUACUAUUCAGCAAAUUGUGCUGAUUCUACAUCUUAAUAUCUUGAUUGUUGAGAAGAAACAGCAUGCAGACCAUCAAGUGUGUUGUUGUGGGGGAUGGUGCAGUGGGUAAAACCUGUCUUCUCAUUUCAUAUACUACCAACAAGUUCCCGUCAGAAUAUGUUCCAACAGUAUUCGACAAUUAUGCUGUCACAGUUAUGAUCGGAGGUGAACCUUACACUCUUGGGUUAUUUGAUACAGCAGGUCAAGAGGAUUAUGACAGAUUAAGACCUCUGAGUUAUCCACAGACCGAUGUGUUCUUGGUGUGUUUCUCUGUAGUCUCACCAUCAUCUUUUGAAAAUGUCAAAGAGAAGUGGGUUCCUGAAAUUACACACCACUGUCAGAAGACGCCUUUUCUGUUGGUUGGAACCCAGAUUGAUUUGCGAGACGACGCGGCAACAGUAGAAAAGUUGGCCAAAAAUAAGCAGAGAGUGAUCACUAUUGACCAGGGAGAGAAACUAGCUCGCGAAUUGAAAGCUGUGAAGUACGUGGAGUGCUCGGCUCUCACUCAGAAAGGGCUAAAGAACGUCUUUGACGAAGCCAUCUUGGCAGCUUUGGAACCUCCGGAGCCCGUUAAAAAGAGGAGAUGUAAUAUUCUGUGAGCAGGAAACCAACAGCAAAACAGGCAAAACAAAAUUUCCUUUAAGUAAAUAAGGAGAGCUAAAAA